AUGCAUCACAUCAUUCACAUUAAUUGCUUCGAAUUUCAAAAGGUAAAGGUGCUUUCAAAUGGAGAAUUAGAACUUGACAUUCGUGAACAAACGAGAGCUGUAAUCGAGAAUAUUGCUACCAUCCUCGAAGCGUCGCGAGCAUCGUUGGAAGAUGUAGUAGAUUUGACGGUAUUCUUAGUGGACAUGAAAGAUUAUUCUGGUUUUAAUGAAGUCUAUAAUAAAUAUUUUGACGCGCAAAAUGGACCCGCAAGAACAACUGUGGCUGUGAAACAACUUCCCUCGCCGAAAUUGCUAAUUGAGAUUAAGGCAACAGCCAUGAUCCCUGUGUGA